AUGGAGGCCGCGGCGCGGGGGGCGCCCCGGGGCGGCGGGAGCGGCGGGGCCGAGGCGCUGCUGGGCGAGCUGGAGGCGCGCGUGCGGGCCGUGGUGAGCGCGAGCUCGUGGUGGGAGCGCCACGGCGUGGACUGCUCCAUCCUGGCGCUCAGCCUGCUCGCCCUGCCGCCCGGGUUCCUGUGCCUGCGCUCGGAGCAUGGCCUGGUCUUUGUCCUGGGCAUCACCAUCCUGGGUGUGUGCCACUACACGCUCACGGUCAAGGGCAGCCACCUGGCCACGCACGGUGCCCUCACCGAGUCCAGGCGCUGGAGCAAGAUCUGGGCACACUUCUUCGUGGAGGUGUGCACGGCCUUCCCCGCCGAGGACGCGCGGCAUGGCCACGUCAAGAUGCACCACGGCUACACCAACGUGCUGGGCCUGGGCGACUCCAGCACCUGGCGGCUGCCCUGCCUCAACCGCUACGUCUACAUGUUCCUGGCGCCUCUCCUGAUCCCCGUCAUCACGCCGCUGGUGGCUGUGGAGCGGCUGAGGAGGGCGAAGGCCGGGGCGGCGCUGCGGGCGCUGGGCCUGAUCGCCCUGGGCCUGUGUUCCCACUACUGGCUGCUCCGGCACGUGUCCGGCUUCCGGAGCCCGGCCUCGGCGCUGGCCUGCAUGCUCUGCACCAGGUCCCUGCUGGCCCACCCGUACCUGCACGUCAACGUCUUCCAGCACAUCGGGCUGCCCAUGUUCUCGCGGGACCAGAAGCCCCGCCGGCUCCACAUGAUGAGCCUGGGGGUGCUGAACCUGCCGCGGCUGCCCGUGCUGGACUGGGCGUUCGGCCACUCCAUCAUCAGCUGCCACGUGGAGCACCACCUGUUCCCCAAGCUCUCCGACAACAUGUGCCUCAAGGUGAAGCCCGUGGUGUCCCAGUUCCUCCGGGAGAAGCAGCUGCCUUACAACGAAGACACCUACCUCGCCCGCUUCCGGCUGUUUCUCAGCCGCUACGAGGAGCUCCUGGUGCACGCCCCUCCCAUCACCGAGCUGGCCGGGCUGCAGUGA